CGGAUCUUCAAUCGUUAAAUUCACUCGCAUUCCUACGGUUGUUCUUAACGUUUAACAUUCUCGUUUACCGCAAUACACUCUCUCAUUCGCAUUAUAAUGGCAAACAUCAGUUACUUUAUUGUUUUAUUUGUCUUUGUUGUCUUUACGUUUGCAGGCGACGACGAUACUAUCACAUUUUCGCCAGAUUUAUUCAAAGUGGAUGCCAUGGCUGUCUAUAAAUUCACUGACAAGAAGGGUUUUAUAAAGUUUGUAGAAACAGAUGGCGUAAAUCCAGAAAGUGAUAAAACUCCGUUGUUUGUUAUAAAUGAAAGUUACGAUGAUUGGGCCUACGUUGAUAUUAUCAAUAAGCUACUAGAUAAGGAUAUAAGCAGUAAUAAUAGAUACGGAAGACGAAUUUAUUUCGAAGUAUCUAAAAUGAAAUUUGGAACUAUAAAAGCUAAUAGAGGAUGAUACAUUUUGGGAAAAAAAGAAAAUAAAACUUAUUAUUCUACAAA